UGUUUGGACAGGUUGUGCUUCAGUGUCUUGACCUAAAGUAAACUGAGCUUUUAUGGCUUUUAUGUAGUUUGGCUCGAUGAUUCUUUUAAGGAAUGCAUGAAAAUGGCACACGCAAUUCCCCAGACUAAAGAGAACUGGACAGGGAUGGGGAAUUGUCUGGGCUUGUUUCUUUUGGAAGGAUCUGGCCCACGUGUGUUUUCAGGUAUUGGCUUUUCCGUAGUCGCUUUUAUGUGUUUCUAUUGUAACUCUUUAGAACUUUCAGUUUUAAUGAAACACACACACACACACAUCUGGAAAUUGACCUCUUCCUCACAAAUGCUGGCAAAACACGAAACGCAGAGAGCCAAAUGUGUGUCUGUGUUCUGCUGUUUUCUCUGUAAUUAUAACUCUAAAUGUGUCCCAGGUUUGGGUCAGUCUUUUUCCCCUCUCCGCUGGGGCGUUGGACAUUUUUUCCAGCGUGGAACAGUUCGCAGCUCUGUUUCUUCUCAGCCUGGUGCUUUUUCUCAUGUUUAAAUGUUCUUUGUCUCUUUGGGUGGUUUCCUUUUAACUCUUGCAGCUGAAAGAUCUCGAUGUUUCCUUCAAGACUCACGGCUCUCUGUAGCACAUGUGUUUGGAGAGCAUGUUUAUGGUCUGUGUCAGUGCCGGCCGUCGGAGGGAAACUGUUCAUGUUGUAAGGAGUGCAUGCUGUGCUUGAGCUCUCUGUGGGAGGAGUGCUGCGACUGUGUCGGAAUGUGUAACCCCAGGAAUUACAACGACAGUCCUGCCACCUCCAAGAGCACCGUCGAGGAGCUGUACCGCCCAAUCCCGUCGCUCUUCCGUGCUCUGACCGAAGGCGACGCCCCCAUUAACAUGAUGGUCGUGUCGUUCCCUGUCGCUGAGGAGCUUUCCCACCACGAGAACCUCGUGUCUUUCCUGGAGACGCUCGACAGCCAGAGCCACAACAUCUCCCUGCCCAGCAGCAGCAGCGUCCAUGAUGAUGGCUUGUGUACGGUGGUCUACUUUGAUGACUGCGUGUCCAUCCGUCAGUGUAAGCAGUACUGCGAGUCGAUGGGUGGAUCAAAGUACCGCUGGUUUCAUAACGCCUGCUGUGAGUGCAUUGGCCCUGAAUGUCUGGACUACGGCAGCAAAGCCGUCAAAUGCAUGAACUGCCUCAUCUGAGAGCCCAAAACUGACUUCAUACACUUCAUCUGCUGUUUUAUUGUAUAAAACACGUCUGAUCCGAUCUACAGAUCUUGUUUCUUAUUCUUGUCUUUUGGAAAAUAAGGUCAAGGGUGUUUUUUGUAAGUUAUCGAUAUUGUUUGGGAAUUAUUACAGCAGCAUGUAGAGGACAUUUCUCAUUCAAAUCAUAUUCCAUCUGUAUAUAGUUCUCAUUUCAUAUUCAUAUGUCUGGUUUCAUUAAUAAAA